CUCUCGCAGGCGUGAGGAGCUUGUCCGCGGAGCUGCUGGUGGACACCGGCUGGCGGGGCACCUCCGGCCGCUCCUCUCGCUGCUUCUCGGGACCUGGGCCCCACCCGUUCUGCUCCCCGCCCGGCCCGAGAGGGAGCGAUCGGCUCGCCUCGCCCCCGCCUCCCCCUUCAGGAGGAGUCCCAGCUGGAGCGUGUCUGGAGGAAUCCGCCGCCGCCACCACCGCCGCGGGGACCGUCGUCCUGUUCUACCCUUUCCUGAGAGACUCAGUGGCCGCGGGGGACUGAGUCUGCAGCCGGCGGCGAGGCGGGAGAUGGUGGGCUGGGCUCCGGCAGGACCGCGCCGCCGCCGCCGCCCGGAGCUUUGGCUCAGCACCCCCCCGCCGGCCCCCACCGAGCGGAGCUCUGCUUCCUCCUCGCCGCAUCCCUGAGGGAAGCGCCGCCUCUGCUCCCGGCUUCUCCGCCCGCCCGCUCCUUCCUGGCCGGACCCCGCCGCACUCCACCCCGGCGGACGGUGCCGCUCUCCCGUAGCCUUCUCGGUCCCCGGCCCUUUUCUCCUUUCCACCCACCCCUCCCUCCCGUCUGCGCGGAGCCCUGGGCCGGGCGCUGCUGGAGCGGAGGAAGAGGCUGGGGUCGCCACGGCGGAGGCUGCUGCCGCCACCCCCCUGCGGGGGUGGCCGGGGUUCCCGGCUGGGGGGGCACCGUUCCGGGUGAGGCGUCCACCAUGGUGAGGCCCCUGAGCCGCUGCCCCUGCGCCCCCCCGGCCGCCGCUGUCUCCUGCCCCUUGGUGCUGCCGCUGCUCCUCCGCCUGCUGUUCCUCCUCCAUCUCCGGAUCGGAUCGCGGUGAGGGAAAGAUGAGCGAGGAGACGGCGACUUCUGACGACGAUAAUAGUUAUGCACGAGUCCGAGCUGUGGUGAUGACCCGGGAUGACUCAAGUGGUGGAUGGUUACCACUUGGGGGGAGUGGACUGAGCUGCGUCACUAUCUUCAGAGUUCCUCACCAGGAAGAGAAUGGCUGUGCUGACUUUUUUAUCCAUGGAGAGCGACUCAGGGACAAAAUGGUGGUUUUGGAAUGUAUGCUUAAAAAGGACCUCAUUUACAAUAAAGUCACUCCUACAUUUCAUCACUGGAAGAUUGACGACAAAAAGUUUGGCCUUACCUUUCAAAGCCCUGCUGAUGCAAGAGCGUUUGAUAGAGGCAUUCGAAGAGCAAUAGAGGAUAUUUCUCAAGGGUGCCCAGCAUCAAAAAAUGAAACUGAAGGACUAGAUGAUGAAUUACAAGCACCUGAAGAGGACACUUCCAGUUCUCUAGUAAAAGAUCACCUUUUCCAACAAGACACAGUUGUUACCAGUGAGCCCUAUAGAGGCUCAAAUACAAGACCUCCUCCAUUUGAAGACCUGAAUGCCAGAAGAGUCUACUUGCAAAGCCAAGCCAAUCAGGUAACAUUCGGUCAGCCAGGCCUAGACAUUCAAAGCAAAGGUAUGGAAUAUGUGCAACGGCAAAUAUCCAAGGAGUGUGGAAGCCUCAAGUCUCAAACUAGGGGUCCUUUGAAACCUAUCAGACAUGUCAGCUUUCAAGACGAAGAUGAAAUUGUCAGAAUUAACCCUCGUGAUAUCUUAAUACGUCGUUAUGCAGACUACAGACAUCCUGACAUGUGGAAAAAUGACUUGGAGAGAGAUGAUACAGACUCCAGUAUUCAGUUUUCAAAAUCAGACAGUAAAAAACCUGAUUAUCUGUACUCUUGUGGUGAUGAAACUAAGUUAAGUUCACUCAAAGACUCUGUGGUAUUUAAGACACAGCCUUCCUCAUUAAAAUUUAAGAAGUCAAAACGAAGAAAAGAGGAUGGUGAACGUUCUCGCUGCAUAUACUGCCAGGAGAGGUUUAAUCAUGAAGAAAAUGGCAGAGGGAAAUGUCAGGAUGCUCCAGACCCUAUUAAAAGAUGCAUAUAUCAAGUUAGUUGCAUGCUCUGUGCAGAGAGCAUGUUGUAUCAUUGUAUGUCAGACUCUGAGGGAGAUUUUUCUGAUCCCUGUUCUUGUGACACUAGCGAUGACAAGUUCUGCUUACGAUGGUUAGCCCUGGUAGCUUUGUCUUUCAUUGUACCAUGUAUGUGCUGCUAUGUCCCUUUGAGAAUGUGCCAUCGCUGUGGAGAGGCCUGUGGGUGCUGUGGUGGGAAACAUAAAGCUGCUGGAUGAAAUGAUCCAGUGCCAAAAUGAGCUUAAAAUCUUUGUUUCCAGGAAUUAACUAGCUUGGAUUUGUGGAAGCUUUUGGCAAG